AUCCAUAAGAAAAUAAAUAAAAGUAUGAUCAGACAUGUAUAAGUUAAUCAAAUUUAUUAACUUCGUAUAACAAAUACAAAUCGCAUGAUUCCCGCUUAUAAAUAAAGUGCUUAAGAUCGAAAUGGAAAAAAUUUUAAGCUAAUUUAAGAACGUUAAUGACAAAUCAUAUGAGUGUACAAAUUUUUCGAAGUUGAAUCAGCGGAGUUCCAUGAACGUCUCAGUCAAAAUACUCGGAGACACCACCCACAUGAAUACUCUAAAGGGGCCAUGUAAGCACGAUAUCACUGUCACGAGUAUCUAAUUUAAACGACGUCUCACAUUUUUCCCGGCGUGCGAAAAUAAAUGACGUACUGAUCGAUCCCAUAAGACACGCAAAAGGUUCAUAGUGUCGCGACGCAGACGCAUCAAUUGCCUGGGGUCGAAGAUGACACAUUUAACCACGUUAGCCACGUGGUUCUAUGUGGUAGCUCGUGACGGGCGUACUCGCGCGAUUUUCUUCGAUUUCCACGGAAUCCGGGGCCCGCUGGGAUCGUGGACGACGAAGACAUCGGCGUCGAGGCGUCAGCGCGCGGCCAAGCCGGCUCGCCGCCAAAAUCAGCUCGCCAGUCGCGCUUUCCGGUCGGUGUUUUAUAAAUACUGCAGACAGCCGAAGAGUGCAGCGAACACGGUAGUUGCUGUAAAAUCACGAAUCCCGACGGACAUAGUUGCGGCCCGUUGCACGAACGAAUUUAACUCGAAGCGACGAAAAAACGUUCCUUAAAGUUCCAUCGUACAUUUUUAAAUUCGACGAAGGUGUUCGACUGGUGGUGACAUUUUCAUGGAUUAAUUGUGUCUCGGAUUCGUGAGCGAAUUCUUGGAACCAAGUGCCAAAGUGUUGAGUGCCUGUGUGUGUGUGAGUGGGUGAACGAAAGUUGGGAAAGAGCUCUUGUGAAUAUUCCUCCAAGAAAAGUGAUAAGCGUUUCGGUGAAGUUUGAUAAGAAACGAUAGAGUGAUACUAUCGCUCGAAGCUUCAUUUAUCUCUUGACGCAAAAUUCUCGAUAAUAAGAUUGAAUGCUCGAAGCCCAAUGAACAUCGUUCAUGCAAUGACAAAAUGUGAGCAAUCGUGCGAACAACUCUAUGUUAACCACAACGGAUUGUUAAGCUCGUUUCCGACUUUUGCCUUCUGUUCGAGCCCGUGGUACACGACCGACGACCGUCCAUCAGAAUGAGCUUAAUGAAGAAGGCGAUCGGCGGUUCCAUUCACAGGAUACGCGAAUUCGAGCUCGAGAAGGUGAAUCUGAUCGACGAGUUCGAUAUCCUGCAAAUCGUUGGCGAGGGAUGGUUCGGCAAGAUCCUGCUUACGGAGCAUCGCAGCACCCAGACAGAGAUGGUGCUGAAAGCGCUGCCGAAGGCUUACACCGGCAUCUCGGACUUCUUUCGGGAAUUCCAUUAUGGGCUACACCUGGCUGCGCACAGGAACAUCAUCACCACCUACGAUGUGGCCUUCGAGACCGCUGGCUUCUACGUUUUCAGUCAGGAGUACGCUCCUCUCGGAGAUCUAACGUCGAACGUGACAGAGACCGGUUUAGGCGAGCUCCACGCGAAGAGGGUUGCCAGACAACUGGCUGCAGCGGUGCAUCACAUUCACAGCCGCGAAUUGGUGCAUCGUGACAUCAAACUUGACAACAUCCUCGUGUUCAAGAGUGACUUCUCGCGAAUCAAAUUGUGCGACUUCGGCGAGACCAGACGAGUCAACACUGUAGUCCGAAGGCACAACGAGUGGCUGCCAUACUCGCCGCCUGAGGUAUUGCAGAUCGACACUGACGAGACGUACAAAGCUCUCACAUCGCACGAUGUCUGGCAAUUCGGCAUUGUCCUAUUUGUCUGUCUGACCGGAUGCUUGCCGUGGCAGAAGGCGGCGUUGGACGACCCGCGUUACACCAGAUAUCAAAACUGGCACAACGCGACGCUGAACAUAGCCAAGAAACCGAAAUUAUUUCAGCUGAUCAGCUCACGGGCGCAGAGGUUGUUCAAGCGUCUGCUGGACCCGAAGGCCGAGAAGAGGCCUGUCAGCGUGCUGGAGGUAAACAAAUACCUGGAGGACAGGUGGCUGGCGAAACUGGGUGCGGAGAAGGCCAUGAACGGUGGCGCCGACGAGAGGGACGAGCUAUGUCCCUCGAUGUACAGCUUCCACAGUUCGUUGGAGGAGAAGAAUCAGCUCCUUCACACCCUGACCACGUACGGAAUCGAGACUACGGUUGACAGAGCGAAGAAGAAAGACCGUAUCAGAGAGUGGAUUCAAGCGAGCGCGAUAGUAGAAGAGUACGAAGAGGACGAGUCAGACCUGAACGAGGACAUCCGCUACUACGAGGACGAGGACGAAGAGCCGAGUUCGAUGAAGGGUAGACACUUCCCGGAGACCCGUCCAAUCGCCAAGAACGAGUCCAAACGACACAGACACAGAAGCAACACCUCUAACCCAAGAAAGCGACAAAUCAUCAAACCCACCGAGAGGAAGAUCCCGUUCGCUCCUCAAGUGGCCGAAGAGCGACAGACGAUCGCCCGAUUCGCCAGUUUCCCGAACGGCGACCCGAACCUGGCGGUGCUGAAGAAUGGAACCAACAGCGACCCGGUCCUCCCGUUGAUGAUCGAAUCCAACACGGAGGAGACGAGGUCCGUUAACAACGGCCAGGCCGACAGCGCCUCUCGAGAGGACUCGUUACCGACGAGUAGUUUCAAACCGAACUUGCCCAUCCAGGAGCCGGAGAACACGAACGCUCAAGAUCAGAACUCGCAAACGGAUCGCAGUUUGCCGAGAAGCCCGCAGAUCCCGACCAGGAAGCAUCGCUCGCAAACUGCCCCGUUUCCGGCGCCGACGUCGCCCGUGCUGAACGGAAACCGGGCCGAGUCCGCGAAGAGGAGUCAGUCGACCACCGUGCUGCCCACGGACAGAUCGAGCCAUCGAUCGAUGCCGAGCCAGUCGAAUGGCCAGCCCUCGGUGCCUCGGGGCGAAAGGUCGACCACGCAGCCGGAGAAUCGAUCCGCGGCGCAAUCAAUGUCUCGAGUAGAAAAUCAAUCCGCGGUAAUGCUGCCGGCGACGGCUCGAGUGGAGAAUCAAUCGAGUAACGCUGUGCAGCUGGCCAGGAACGAGAAGUCCGCGAGCGGGCUAGUUCCCCUCGCGGCCGCAAAUCCGCUGACGAUGUCGGUCGCCUCUCAUCUGGUGAUGCAGAGCUUCAACGCGUUGCAGGGGAUCAACGCGGACGCUAACCACGCCGCCAGCCCGAAAUCGCCCAGAAACAGUCCCAAUUCUAACCACAGCAAGAUGUCCACGCCGAAGAACAGCCCCACGACUACGCCCGCGAGAACCUCCACGCCACCGAAACACAAAAUGAAUCAGCGGACUGAAGAGACGGUCUUCUACGGAAAGGAUCCUUUCGAGCACUACGGUAUCGCUCAGGGGGCGAUCCUGAGGGGCGAUGCCCGACGAGGCUCGCUCGAGAGCGCCAGCAGAUCUGUCAGCAACUGAAUACUGGUCGA